CAGAGGGAGCGGUGGGAGGGGGAGGGGAGGGCUAAAGGAAGGUAGUGACACGUGUCAAUCAACCCCCCUCCGGGGGGCGCGCGCUCCGGGGCUCGCGCCGAGGGCUCGCGCCCCUGCCUCGUGCCUGCGCCGCUCGUAUGUAAAUGAGGGCGCGUGACGCGGGACGCAGAUGGACAAGGGAAGAGAGAGAAUGGCCGCUGCCGCCGCUGCUGCCGCCGCCGCCGCUGCCGCUCAGUGCCGGAGCCCUCGGUGCGCGGCGGAGAGAAGAGGAUUCCGGCGGGAACUCGACUCUUGGCGCCACCGCCUCAUGCACUGUGUAGGUUUUGAGAGUAUUUUAGAAGGGCUUUAUGGACCCCGGCUACGAAGAGACCUCAGUUUAUUUGAAGACUGUGAACCAGAAGAGCUGACUGACUGGUCUAUGGAUGAAAAAUGUUCAUUUUGUAACCUACAGAGAGAAGCAGUCAGUGAUUGUAUACCAUCUCUUGAGUCUUCACAGUCAACGCCAACAGAGGAGCUAUCAUCUCAGGGCCAGUCCCACACUGAUAAGAUUGAAUGCCAAGCAGAAAAUUACUUAAAUGCACUCUUUCGAAAGAAAGAUCUUCCUCAGAACUGUGAUCCUAACAUUCCCUUAGUUGCUCAGGAAUUAAUGAAAAAAAUGAUACGUCAGUUUGCAAUUGAGUACAUCUCAAAAAGCGGUAAAAUUCAAGAAAAUAGAAAUGGUUCAAUUGGAGCAAGUCUCGUAUGUAAAAGUAUCCAAAUGAACCAAGCAGAGAACUGUCUUCAGGAUGAGCAAGAAGGCCCCUUAGACCUCACUGUGACUCGAAUGCAAGAGCAAACUGCUCAGCAAGGGGAUGGAGUUUUAGAUCUCUCUACAAAGAAAACCAGCAUAAAAUCUGAAGAGUCAUCCAUAUGUGAUCCUUCUUCUGAAAAUGCAGUGGCUGGUUCAACUGUUGAUGCAAAAUCAGAGGAAGCUACUAAAAUGGAAAAAGGAAAAUCAGCAUUAAGCAAAGUUUUGGAAUCUUUGUGCAUACAUCACCAUCAACAAGUUUUGGCUAUGUUGAAAUUUCUAGUCCAAGAGCAGAAUGCUGCUUCUCUUUGCUGUUGUAAUUCAUCAUGUGCUAUGUCUUCAGAAUCUCAAAAGCCCCUAUUGGAGGAUGGUUUUCAUGGUCUGUUCUGUAGCUGUGAAUAUAGACUGGCAGAAAGAGGGUGUUUACACAAUGAGAGACAAAGCCCUGGUUUAGUGCCUCUGCCAGUCUGUAUUAAAGAAUUACAUUGUUUGUCUUGUCCAACUGUAACGGUCGAACACAUUAAGACAGUAAUGAAUAGAGAAAUUGAAAACAGUUCUAAUCCACACAGGUGCUGUUGUGGACAGUUAGCAAAGACUCAAUCUACAAAACCAGCCUGUCACAGUCCUCCCUUGUCAAGGGAAGUUUGUGAUCUUUCAGUUACUCUUCAAGAUGCCUGUAGAUCUCGAAGUCCCUCGCCCCCACCAUUAUCACCUGUGGAGACUGAAGGAUUUGAAAAAUGUAAAGACAUCGUCUCAGAGCUUUCAGCCUUAGAAAAUAACAAAUUUGAGGCAAGCAUUAACCAGCCUCCGGCUCUCACACCAGCAGAGAUAAGCACUAACAAAUGUGUCCACGACAGCAAAAUACAGAAAACCAAGAAGUUUAAUAAUUCUGAUUCUGUGCUCUUGGGUGCCAGUGGUAGUUAUACUACAAAUCAUGAAAAGGGUGAAACAGCUGUAAUUUUUCAAGAUUUAAUGGACCGUAUUAAUGAAAAAUUAAAAUCAAUCGAAACCACAGAUAUAGCAAACCUCAUAAAAGUAUCUAGUACUGAUUGUGAUUCAGUCAAUGAUUUUAAAUUGGGAGAUUUAAUAACAUCUCUCUUGCACAGUGCAACAGCCAGUGAUUAUAGUUUUAUGGAAUUGCUGAGUCAACAUGAUAAAAAGGUAGAAAAUAAAAUUAUUCAGACAAGAUCUCGAAAACGUCAACAAACAUUACUUGCAAUGCAUAACUCUCCUGAUUCACCUGUGGUCAGAAGACAGUCUUUACAGAUAAAAAGAGAACUUGCCAGUUUUGAUGAAAACUUUCUGAGAAAAAGGUACAGUGAUAAAAAUUCAAGAAAAUUGUCAUACAAUAAGAUGCUUUCAGUGAACAAAGAAGAAUUCCAGCCUUGUCAAGAGCCUUUGAAAAAUUCUAAAAGCUUUCAGAAUGAAAAUUAUGAAGAAACAUUGUUUACACCAAAUGACGUAGCACCAUCCUCUCAGGUACCUCUUGGGAGUUUAGAUAGUAACUUUGCUCUUGAUCAAUUUUCAGAAAAUUUUAAAGCAACUUCAUUUGAGAAAAUGAGCCAAAGAAAAUCACAGGAGAGGUCUACAGCUGAGAAACUAACUGUACAAAAUAAUAGGGAAAAUACAAAACUAGAAAAUACUCCAACACUUUUGAGAACUGAUGCUCCUCUUUUGAGCAGAACUAAACGAAAUAUUGUGCCUCCAGGGUGGUAUUCUAUAUAUGUAACAAACGAUUCUGUUUCCAAAAAGUUUCUCGAGAACAAAAGAAUAUCAGACUCUGUACAUGGAAAAGAUCCAGUCAGAGAUCCAACUGGAAGUUUUCAAAAUAUAGAUUUGAAUAAAAUUGCAAUGAAUUCUACUUUGCAAGUUGUUGUAGAGCGUUUAGAAGACACAAUAAAUAUGGCUCAGAGGUCUUGGACUAGUCAAGAACUAUCUGAAGGAUUUAAAGCAUCCAAGAAAUUGAUAGAAACAGGUGAUAAAGACCAAAGUGCUAGGAGAGGUUUGACUUUAAGUAGAAUAGCUUGUAAAAAUCAGGGUUUAUCAAAAUCUGUAUUAGCAUCUAGCAAUGAAAGAAGUCAUGGUGUGUCUGUAAUGGAUUUGAACAAGACAGUUGAUAAUGGGAAGACAUCACCCAUUUUAGAGGGAGGUAGCUCGACAUCCAGUGUUGAAAGUUUGCCAACAAAAUGCGAAGUUAUUGAAAGUUCUGUUUCUAACUAUUCUAGUCCUAUCAAACUCAUGUUUUUAUCUGAGAUUAAAAGCAGUGAAGGCAUCAAAUACACUUUAACUUCAGUCAGCGCAUCACAGUCAAAUGUUGAUUUUGAUUCUCACAAACAUAAAACCCAUCAGAUGACUGGAAGAAAAAUGGAAGCAAAUGAAGACACACCAAACACUAGCUUUGCAGAUUAUAGUUCUAAUCAUGAUGAUACUAACCUUCAAAGUAAAUUGAACCAAUUUAACUGUGUACAUGAGGCUAUACCGGCAUCUGCUGAGUUUACUGACAGUUUAAACAAUGAUAAGCCACAAGAAGACCCUAAAGGAAAAUCAAAUGAUGUUGUUGACUUACCAUAUAAAAGAAAGCCAGGUAGACCUAAAAAAAUUGGUCCCCAAGUUGUGAAGCAGACUAAACGGCCAAUUGGAAGACCACCAAAACCUAAAGCUGGUCAGUCAGAUGUCAGUGUUUGCCAAAAUGAAUCUUUUAGCCCUAGAAAGGAAAAUUCAGAGUCUUUCAUAUCAGAAAUCAAAGAUGUUUCCAGAAAGACUAUUAUUGUCACUGUUGUUUAUGGAAGAUCAAGAAGAACCAAGAGAUGUGUUUCUGAAGGAAGCAUAAACAUCAGCAAUAUCUCACUGAACACUGAUGUCUCUAACUUUUCAGUUAACUCUAAUUGUCUCAGAAAUACUAAAGCUCAUGAGAUUGGCUAUGGUGAAAGUCUGAGUGCUGGGUCAAGAUUGACAACUCAAAGUGGGGUUUUUGAUUCUGACUUUGAAUAUGUUAGACCUAUCAAGAGCAAUUCUAUGAUACCUCAGACUUCCAAGAACAUUGUUCGACUAAACCAAAAGCCUUUGUCAAUUGUUAGGAAGCCUGGUAGACCUGCAAAAGUGAAAAUUUCUGGUAUAUCUGUGACUGUUAAUAGAGUUUCACCUCAGGAAAGAGAAGUACGUGUUAGCAGCUGUUUACCUCCUUUAGAUCAGGAGAUAAUGUUAGAGAAAACUUGCCUAAAAGAAAAUCUUGACCAACAGUGCAGUAAUGUGGAUAACAUCAAGCAUACCAAUGUUGAUAUACUUAAGAAUGAAUCAAAUAGUACUGUUGCUUCUAUACCUCCAAAAUACUCUAUUAGGGCUAGAAAACCUUCUUUGCAUUUCUUACAUUCAUUUGCAUCUUCUGGCUCACUCACUUAUAAAAAUGCUCUCCGUCAUAAAUCGUGUAAACUUCAUUUGCAUAAAUGCAAAAAUCCAAAGAAAAAAUACAGGCAGUCAAGUUUUAGACUAGCUUCCAAAGGUAUCCCAAGAUCUAGAUGUUCAAAGAAAGCAAAAAAUUAUUUGGAAGAUAAAAAAUUAAUGCCUGUUUCUGAAGUGUCCUUGGACCCUGUAAUUUCAUCCAACCCUUUACUAAGGUGGUGGGCUACUUCUGUUUCAAAUGAUUCCUUGUUACAGGAAUUAAACAAUAGAUUUGAACAAAUAACAAAUGCAUGGGUUCAGGUGAGUAAAGAUGAAGCUCAAAAUUUUGUUCAUAAAACAGAAUACACUAAAGGUGAUCAUUUCAAAGCAGCAAGCCCUUUGGAAACUUGUCUUCUAGAACUUGAAGUAUCACCUGUAAAAAUGCUUUUUCAGAAAAAGUAUAAUUUGAAUGAACUUUGUACCUGGUUUAUGCAAACAACCGAAACACAGUCCCUUUCACUAGUUAGAAAAGCAAAUGCUCGAAACCCUUUGGAAGUGAUAAGCACCAAGGGCAUUAAGUUAGGGGUGAAAUGCUGUGGAUUUAAUGCCAGCCCCUUCAGGAAGCACUUUAAAAAAUUUGCAGUCUCUUCUCCUUCAAAACCAGCUGGAAAAUUUCAUAUACUACAUAAAAUGGCUGGCUCACCACUCUUAAAUAUGAAAAGUAAUUUAACAUUAGCAAGGUUAAAAAGGACGGAGUUUAAGAGUUUGCACUGUGAAAGGUGGAGAAGAGAGGAAAGGCCAUACAGACACAGAACAGUUGAUUGGAGCUCAAAAAGAAGGAACUUAAGAUUGUUCAGCCAGAAUCAAUCGUGGACUAACAUGGAGGGGCAGACAAAUGCAGAGACAUCACUCAGUGGGAAAAGCACAGUAGGUAACCAGUGGGCUUCACCCCCAAAACCCAGAGUCACCUUUGCUAAAAAGGGGGUGGCAGUACGUGACUUCAGAACACAUGGUAGUUUAGAGAGUAAAUUUAAUGGAACAGGGUGUGGUCAGAUUGACUCUGAAAAGGAACCAAUAUUGGAAAAUGUAUCUUCCCACAAUUGGAGGUCAAAAACUUUAAAAGACUGUAGAAUAUUUUUGAGGAAGAUCAACUGUCUUGAACACAGAGAUACUUUUAAGCUAAAUACAAUAAUUUAUUCUCCUGAAUCUGUUGACAGUGGAGGUAAUCAGGCACAAUCAAAGGAAUCAAAGCGUUUUACUUUAAGGUCCCAUUCUGCAAGGCAAAAUUUCUUUAAAAAGCAAAAUGAAGAAAGAGAAAAUCCCAAAGUAAAUAGUCCUGCAAGUGAUAGAUUGACUGAUGAACUCAACAGUAGUCAGUUAAGUAAGCAUGUUAACUUUGACAAGAAUCCCGAUAAUUCUGGGGCUCUUAGCAAAUUAAGCAAAAGAAAAAGACCACCAUGGAAGACCACAGAAAUGUCAGCAAAAAGACAUAAACGACAGUCUUACAACAGUGGACAAAUGGCAAACUAUUGUACAAAAUCCCAAGUAGGUAAGUUUUUCUCUCCUUAAUUUUAAAGUUUCAUUGUAGGUGCCUUGAGUAAAACAUAAGCUAGUAGGUAGAAAAGGAACAGCUAAUUCGGUUCUAAUUUGUUUCUAAAGCAUUUGAACAACUUCAUUUCUUGGCACCUAGUAUGAAACUCAUCAAAUUAGGUGCUGCUAGAUGUAGUGCACUUUACUGCUAAGCUUCUGGCAUUCAAACCACAAGCAAAUACAUGUAGAAGAGACACGAAGAGCAUCACGAAAAUAGGCCAUGAAUGUAUUUGAUAGGUGACUGAACAGCUAACUAAAAAUUCACUAUUGCAGGCUAAUACUUGAUUAUUCUCAAAAAUACCAACUAUGAAAAUAUAUAGAAAACAGCUAAAGUGGUCUUAGAGACCGUAACAAUGUAAUCCUGAGGUAUAAAUCUUCCUCAUUAAGCUGUUACUCUACUUGAUACUGUUUUGAAAACCUACUGCAAGACUGCUUAUAUAGAAGGUGGUAUACUAAAUUUUUUUUCAAUGAUCAUCAGGUAUAUUAAGUGGGCUUCUAUGUUAGAGCUCACUUGUGCAGAUAUAAAGAGGAGAAUUCCUUAAUGUAGCUGAGCAAGUCCCUGUUAGGGUCAUUUCAGAUUGAGAAUGGAAUCAGAAGUUAAGUGGUAGUGAUGGACCUUAUUAAGAUACACUGACAGCUUUGGUACACCAGGGAGAUAAUUGCCCUUUGAAUGUAGUGAUAAUGUGAGCAUGGCAGUUGCCUGAAUAACCAUUUCCCACCUACUACCCACUGGUGAGGUACUAAACAGUGCAGGAUAAUAGAUAGGAGACUUUUCAGAUUCCAUCUUCACAAUGAAAGAAUGCCAAGUUAUAUGUUUAGAGAGGAUAUUUUAUGGCUUGUGUUCAUUUUUACAUUUGUGUAACUUAGGAAAAUCUUUGGGUACUUAGGGAAGUAUUAGUGUCUUACUAGAGUCAAUAACAUCAGGUCUCAUUAAAAUAUUAAGCACAGUAAUUAAGUUGAAAAGUUUUACAUGGACUUUAUGUGUACCCCCACCCUCGGUUCCAUUAACUGAAUAAUUUUAACAUGCAUAAUCCAGUACUGUGUAACAUAUAAUGAUAAAAAUUUCAAAUAACUGGCAUGAAAUGACUAAAUGCUUAAAGGAGGUCAAAUUGGAAUAUCUAUUACAAAAGGUAAAUGGAAACUGUAAAAGAAUAACUUAUUUGUGAUCCUCAAGAAGGCUAAAAAUAUUAUAAUAGCAGAUACUUUGUCACCCAAUAGCAAAUUUUUAAGCUUAUAAUUCACCUAAAAUAUGUGUACAAGUUUCAUGAAGAAUAAAAUAGUUUCAGUUUACUUCUGUUUCAUUUUCAUCUCAUGCUGUUACAGAUUUUUCACACAUGAUUUGCAUUAAUUCAUCUUACAACAGAACUGUAUUUUAUCCUUGUAGCUUCUUACCCAUUUUAUUUUCCUAACUGUCAAACACAAUCUUAGCUUUAAUAUUAUUCUUCACACUGCCAAAUGUAAGACUCCUAAAAUAGGAAGAUGAAGUAUAUUUAAAUAUUACUUUUACAAAUUAAUUUUAAAAUCCUUUGUGGGUAUUUUAAAAAUUAGCAACAUAGAAUUGUUUUUCACCUUUUCCAUUUUAAAAUUUGCU